CUUGAAUCCCUGUAUUUUUAACUCAAAUCAAACCCAAUAAACACUUUAGCUUCAAGUCAAAAUACUCCAAUCUACCUAAAGCACGCCCGGGCCGAUCACUCACCACGCCUUAUCCUGCGCACCCUCGGCCGGCUUACACCGUUUCAGAUCCGUCAAACUGAAUCCAACCUCACACUCCCUCUCUGGACUGAUUGAAGAUAGUAUCCAGUUCUUGUCUUUAACGUUACCUGCAAUAUUUUCUGUAGGUCCAUUCUUAAAGUGUGAAGCAUGAGCUGCUUUGGCUGUUGUGAAGAUGAUGACAUGCAUAAAGCUGCUGACAAUGGUGGUCCAUACCCUGUUAAAAGUUCAGCAGGAACUGUUGGAAGUUACAAUGCAUCAGAAGCAGCACCUAGGGGUGCUCAGGCUGUUAAAAUCCAGCCUAUUGAGGUCCCUUCUAUUUCAGUGGACGAACUAAAGGAAGUUACAGAUAACUUUGGGACAAAUUCUCUGAUUGGGGAGGGUUCAUAUGGACGAGUAUAUUAUGGGGUUCUUAAAAGUGGGCAGGCUGCAGCAAUCAAAAAAUUAGAUGCGAGCAAACAGCCUGACGAUGAGUUCUUGGCCCAGGUUUCAAUGGUAUCGAGGCUUAAGCAUGAAAAUUUUGUACAAUUGCUUGGGUACUGCAUUGAUGGAGGUUCCCGUGUAUUGGCAUAUGAAUUUGCAUCUAAUGGAUCUCUUCAUGACAUUCUUCAUGGAAGGAAAGGUGUUAAAGGAGCACAACCUGGCCCCGUCCUUUCAUGGCAGCAGCGUGUGAAAAUUGCAGUUGGGGCUGCAAAAGGACUUGAAUACUUGCAUGAAAAGGCUGAUCCUCAUAUUAUUCAUCGAGACAUUAAGUCCAGCAAUGUUCUGAUUUUCGAUGAUGAUGUUGCAAAGAUUGCAGAUUUUGAUUUGUCAAAUCAAGCUCCUGAUAUGGCAGCACGGCUUCAUUCAACUCGAGUUCUAGGAACAUUUGGUUAUCAUGCUCCUGAAUAUGCAAUGACUGGACAGUUAAAUGCAAAAAGUGAUGUAUACAGUUUUGGUGUUGUCCUGCUUGAGCUUCUGACUGGGCGAAAACCUGUUGACCAUACGCUGCCUCGUGGACAGCAGAGUCUAGUGACAUGGGCUACACCAAAACUUAGUGAAGACAAGGUAAGGCAGUGUGUUGAUGCAAGACUUCAAGGAGAUUACCCACCCAAGGCAGUUGCAAAGAUGGCUGCUGUUGCUGCCUUGUGUGUGCAAUAUGAAGCAGACUUCCGGCCAAAUAUGAGCAUUGUAGUUAAAGCUCUCCAGCCUCUCUUAAAUGCCCGUCCAGGACCUGCUGGUGAAACACCAAGCAUGUGAUUCGGUUCUCUCUAUACCGGCGAGCAUACUCAAGUGUGCGUCCAUGCAAGUAUGUGAGACAUAAAAAAGAAUUGUUACAAAAAUAUUAGUAAAUUAUAUGGACAGUUACUUUGCGCCCAUUAUUUGCUAUGUAUUUCAUUUGUUCAUAAUGUGUGAGGCUGUUUUUACGAGUCAUAUUUUGUUGCUGCUGUCCCCCCUUUUUUUUUCCCCUUGAAAUUUUCCUUGGAAGUUGUUAAUCCCUUAUUAGACGAGUGGCUUCGUGUCUAUUAUCUCCUACAGAUGUGAAUGAUAAUGAUUUACCCAUGCACUUGAUUGAAAUGAAUUAUUAUUUGUUUAAUGAA